AUGUAUGAGGCAGUGUAUCUAGUCGCUGCGGUAGCUGUACUUUCCUUAGCAUGUGGAGCAAGAGAGUUGAGAUAUCGGGAUGAUCUGAAGGUGGUUAUAGACACUGAUGUUGGUGCCGACGAUGCCAUGGCCAUCUUGAUGAUGUUAUCCAAACAGAGCAAAGCGGAGGUUUUGGCAAUAACCACCGUCAAAGGAAACACCGGGGUAGAGAACGCGACGAGGGGUGCACUUCUCAUUUCGGAAGUAGCCGAUCGGAAAGAAAUCCCAGUCUACAUGGGGAGUCCACAAGGAAUAAUAUUUGAGGAGAGCUCGUCAAAUUACUUCGGCUACGAUGGCCUGGGAGAUAUCUUUGACAAACCUCCGCUUGAUCUCAAAAAAGAGGGACACGCAGCAUUAGCUCUUGCGCGGCUGGUGAAGGAUAACCCUGGUGAGAUAUCUCUUCUUUGUAUCGGACCAUUGACAAAUCUAGCCUUAGCAAUGCACAUUUAUCCACGACUGCAGCUGGAUCUGAAAGAGAUCAUUAUUUUGGGAGGCUCGUACAAAGGACGAGGAAAUGUUAAGCCAGGAGUUGAAUUCAACAUAUAUAUGGACCCGGAGGCAGCCGCCUUAGUCUUUGCCAAUGUUCCUCAAACUAAAUUGAUAACUUUACUUCCUCUGGAAACAAUAGAAGAAAAUUCCUAUACCAAGAACUGGAGGUUGAACGAUCUUGGAAAAAUAGACUCGACUUUCGUGAAUUUCUUGAACAAGGCUGAGUGGUUGGCCCUAGCCAACGCUGAUGAAACCUGGCUUGAAUUCGAUCCGACGGCCGCAAGCUUCCUUUUAGACCCGUCCAUCGCCACUUCGACGAAGGACGCCUGGGUGGAAGUGGAGACUUCCGGCACUAUCACUCGAGGAGCUAUGAUUCUUGACCAGGAUAACAAGAAAACGAACAUAAGAAUUGUGACCGGCCUAGACAAAGUUAAACUGCAGAGCAUGUUGCGGACUUAUUUGAGUGAUUGA